AUGUACUCCGAUACCAACACCACAGAUUCUGAUCUUCCCAGUCUCUUAGAGAGAUACAAGCCAGUCCCUCAACAUGCCAUUGAUCCUGCGUGCUUGAGUUUGGCAAAACAAUGGUUGUCGACUUGCCUGAAUGGACAUCAGCAGUGCGAUAAGCGGUUCGAUACGGCUGGCCCCUCUCGGUUAAUUGAUCUUCGUGGCGACGUUAUCAAGCUUGCACUAGCUCCAGAAGAGUCAACCCAGGGCUCCUACGUUGCGCUCAGCCACUGUUGGGGCGGUUCGCAAUCACUUCAAACUACGUUGGCAUCUCUGGCUAGUUUCCAAGAGCGGAUUUCUCCCAAUGACCUACCGCAAACAUUCUUGGAUGCUAUAUAUGUCACGCGAGCACUUGGAUUUUCGCAUAUCUGGAUUGAUAGUCUAUGCAUUAUUCAAGAUGACGCUUCAGAUUGGGAGCAGCAAUCAAGUAUAAUGGCAAGUAUAUACAGCAAUGCUGAUCUGGUUUUGGCUGGUGUUGCAGCCGGGUCAGCAGAUGAAGGGUUUUUGCGAAAACCAAGGCAAUCUUGUGAAGGAAUUGUAAAUCUCAGUGUAAGAGGAGGCGAAUCUUCAUUCGUUUAUAGGGUAGUGCCCGAUUCACAUGAUUUCAUAGAAGAGCCGUUGUACAAACGGGGAUGGACUCUACAAGAGAGGUUGUGUGCUCGUCGCUUCCUCGCGUAUGGCAACUGGGAAAUGAGCUGGGAGUGCAAAGAGUGCUCUUGCUGCGAAUACCACGGUAACAACCUUGACAGCGAUUCAAUCUCGCAACAAGAGGGCAGUUUUGGAGCCAGGAUGGAGACUACAAGUCCACAAGAUUUUGCACAGCUUUGGGGUACUCGUGUUGUCUACCCAUACUGUCGGAGAUCACUGACGAAAGCUACGGAUACACCAGUCGCAAUAUCAGCUCUUGCUGCUCGGUUCCAUUCACAGUUCCAAGGUACAUAUCUCGCCGGCUUGUGGAAAGAAGAUCUCUGCAAAGCACUAUUAUGGUUCUCCAAACCACCGGGACGUCCAUCGUCGUUUUUUGCCCCUACUUGGAGUUGGAUGUCGCUUCAACUGCCUCAUGAAAUUGACUACGAUCCGACAGUUACGUCAAAUCACGUUCUGGAAGAAACACUAGUCUUCAAUGUGCAGACCGAAGUAACGCCUUCGACCACCAACCCUUACGGCCCUGUCUCGUCUGGCACAAUACGCCUGGCCGGUAUACUGAUCUCAGCAUCGCUCGAAGCUGGUCGCUCGCCAGCAGAUCCCUGGGAGGAUGCCAAAAUGUCCACGUUGCGGUACAACAUCUCCAGUGCAAUUUCCUACAUCGACACACCAAUUGUUCGAGUGGAUGCUCGACUCAUGAAUGGAACUGAAGAGAGUACAACAAAGCGAGCUGCAAGACAAGAAGAAAAUCCUGGUGGAGCUUACCCGGUAACACUUCUUCCAAUCUUUAGAUAUAGCUGGGGUGUAACGGGACUCUUGCUCGGACGGUCAGUCACGUGCGUAGGGGCAUAUGAGCGCAUCGGCAUGUUUGACUAUCUUUCUGGAUCUACAUUCGACUCCAUGAGAAAAGACUACGAAGUCUGCGACGUCACCCUUGUCUAG